CCGUAGUUAUCACCGGACGCAUGCGUAUUUCACUGUUCAAUGUCACCGCAACAAUUGAACAUGGCUGCCGUGGGUUUCAGAAAUUGGGCUCGAGCUCUUUCCAAGGGGAAACAGACAGGCUUCUCGGCGCUUUUCUCUCAAGUCAGAGCAGCCUCUGGACCUUCCAAGGGCAUGCUGCCAGGGCCAUACCCCAAGACGCCCGAGGAGAGAGCAGCUGCAGCAAAGAAGUACAACAUGAGGGUGGAGGAUUAUGAACCAAUCCCGGAUAAUGGCGAGGGGUAUGGAGACUACCCACAAUUGCCAGACAGAUCCCAGCAUGAGAGAGACCCCUGGUAUUCCUGGGACCAUCCAGACCUGAGGAGGAACUGGGGAGAGCCGAUCCACUGGGAUUUUGACAUGUUCAUCAGGAAUCGAGUGGACACGUCGCCCAGCCCUGUGGACUGGCACACCAUGUGCAAACAUCUGUUUGGUUUCGUUGGAUUCAUGCUGCUGAUGUUCUACUUUGGGGAGAAGUUUCCAUCUUACCAGCCUGUGGCACCCAAACAAUAUCCUUACAACAACCUGCACCUAGAGAGAGGAGGGGAUCCCGAGAAACAGCCUGAAGAAGUCAAACAUUUUAACAUUUAAAUAUCUGCUUCUCUAAAUGUGUAUAUUUCUGUCUAAUAAAGAGAUUUUAGUGUGACUUCAGUCACAUUCCUGAU